UGUUUAUUCAUUUUUCAUAUUAUAAAUUAUAGUAUUCCCACAUUAAGAAUUAAAAAUACACCACAGAAAUUUCUUGGGGCUGCUAGCUUAGGGGGGUGCUAUGGGUAUCUGGGGCACCCCUACAGCACCCCUAAACCCCUCCUUGGCGCCGCCUGUGAAUCCUGUGUCGUCAUGGGCUUGUGACGCUUGAACGUGUGGAGUGGAGUGCUGCAUUUGCACCAGAUUUGGAGUAUACUGUUGUUGCGACGGUAUCCUUAAUAAAUUUGGGAGUGUCGAUUUCGGGGUGGGUGGAUGUUAGGAUGGAUACGUAUUGCCCUUUCUGAUGUACCGGAGAGAGUUUUGCCCCGGCAAGUCAGACGCCGCAGCGGCUCUUCGGCGGUGUUUACAGUGUUGUGUGAAGUCGUCAUCGGUCACUCGGCGAAAUAACAGAAAUCCAUUCACGCUCUGGAAAGAUGGAUAGUACUAUCAUCGCCACGGAUCCCUUUCGGAGGUUUCAGGAUGACGGUUAUAAGAACUGGAUCAAAACCACCUUGGCUCUAGCCCACCUGAAGACACGCCUGGGAAGCUUCCUGGAAAACGAAACCGAAACUUUCCACCGGGCUCUGCGCGAUAAAAUCCAACUGAAGGGACAAGAGUGUUCCAAUAACUGCAACUUUGGAAAGUGGGCACCCAGGCGUAAUCAGAUUCCCCCUCUUCAGUGUAAAGUGUGUGCUCCUUGGAGAGAUGAGAUCUGGGCUAACCACACCUCUAAAGGUGCGCUGGUGUAUUGGAAUAACUGUACACCUAAGCUGUGGCCCAAAGAGAAAUGGGAAGUGGCUAAGGUGUACAUGCCCAAAGGCAAGAAGACACAACGGUUAGGAAAGGACUUUGAUAUCUCCGCCUUCCUCAAUCUUAUGUCAUUUUGCAAACAUUUUGAGCAAUACGUGCAGAUGAAUCUUCUUACAAAGGUGACCUUUGUCAGGAACCAGGUCAUGCAUUCUGCAGACUUCAGCGUGAGUCUGGAGCAGUUAGAGGAGUUCCUGCAACAGAUUAAAAAUCUGGGUAGAGCACUCGAAAGACACUCCCCAGAGUUCAAUAACCUGUCCAUGAGGAUCGAGGAGCUCCAGAAUCUAGACUUCAGCCUGAUUUUAAGUGAUGAAGUUGGACUUGUAUUACACUCUGCUUCGACCCACCCCAUCAAACCUCGCGAUGCCAACCACUUACUCGACAUGGAGUUGCAGAUAAUGAAGGAAAAGAUGGAGUUCCUGUUUGAACUCCAUGAAGCGAGCAGUGAAAACAGGCUUACCUUGGAGGAGCUGCAAUGUGUGAGGGUGUUCCUAGAAAGGAACAAGGACCUGCGUGAGAGGCUCCUGCCCCAAUGGGAGAGGCUGAUGGAGGUGCAGGAGCAGCAGGGACAGCAGAUCAACUCACUGACGGGCAGAGUGGAAGAACUAGAAAAACAGACCCCCAACCUGGAUUCGGACUACAUGAGCACCAAAAUGCAUAAAAAUCAUCUUUUGGAGGAAGCCAGGAAAUGGGGAUGGCCUGAACCUUCCUUCUCAGAGAUCCGUGAGCCUACAGGGUUCCGGGGCAAGGUGAGAGUUAAUAAUCAGAUAUUCACAGGGCAUCAGAUUUGUAGAUCUAAAAUACUAGCUCACCAAGACGUUGCAAAAGAAGCCCUUCAGCAGCUGUCUGCAGAGAUAACCAGUGAUCAAGGGGAUGGAGAGGACAAUAUUGCCCAGUCACAAAGUGCUACAGAAGCAGGCCCCUGUUUCUUUUACAGUGUCACUGUGGCCCUUCACACCGAGGUGUCCUCUGACCGUGGAUGUGACAAGGUGGAGGCUGUGGAGUCUGUCUAUAAGAAAAUAGCCUCUGUAUUUGGACUGGACGGCUCAGCGUCAGGUUCUUCCUAUAAGGAGCAGGUUCUGCAGUACUGUCAGAGACAUGGCGUCCCACCUCCAGAGAAAAUCAAUAGACGUGGUGUCUUCAGCCUUCAUCUCAACGGAGAAAUCACCUUUUAUGAUUUGGAGGGCUCUAAAAGGAAGAAGCAGGCGCAGCAACAGGCAGCCAAAGCAGCCCUGCAGGGGCUGAGCGGGGUCCUGGAGGAAAAGAGAGUUUUGGGUGAAAAUUAUGUCGGAGCCCUAAAGGAACUUGUGGACACCUGGAAGCUGGGGAGAGAGUGUUAUGACUGCAGCGACACACCGGAGAGUUCAGGGGAAAGAUCAAGAUGGGUGGCGAAUCAGGAGAGAGAUGAAGAAACAGAAGCCAGGAAGAGGAUCAAACAUCAGAGCGGGGAAGAAAGAAAAGAUGGCCCCUGUUUCUUUUACAGUGUCACUGUGGCCCUUGACACCAAGGUGUCUUCUGACCACGGAUGCGACACGAUGAAGGCUGCAGAGUCUGUCUAUAAGAAAAUAGCCUCUGUAUUUGGACUGGACGGCUCAGCGUCAGGUUCUUCCUAUAAGGAGCAGGUUCUGCAGUACUGUCAGAGACAUGGUGUCCCACCUCCAGAGGAAAUCAGUACAUCUGAUCCCUUUAGCCUUCAUCUCAAUGGAGAAAUCACCUUUUAUGAUUUGGAGGGCUCUAAGAAGAAGAAACAGGCGCAGCAACAGGCAGCCAAAGCAGCCCUGCAGGGGCUGAGUGGGGUCCUGGAGGAAAAGAAAGUUUUGGGUGAAAAUUAUGUCGGAGCCCUAAAGGAACUUGUGGACACCUGGAAGCUGGGGAGAGAGCAUUAUGACUGCAGCGACACACUGGCGACUUCAGGGGAAAGAGCAAGAUGGGUGGCGAACCAGGAGAGAGGCGAAGAAACACAAGUCAGGCAGAGGAUCAAACAUCAGAGCGGGGAAGAAAGAAAAGAUGGCCCCUGUUUCUUUUACAGUGUCACUGUGGCCCUUGACACCAAGGUGUCUUCUGACCGCGGAUGUGACACGAUGAAGGCUGCAGAGUCUGUCUAUAAGAAAAUAGCCUCUGUAUUUGGACUGGACGGCUCAGCGUCAGGUUCUCCCUAUAAGGAGCAGGUUCUGCAGUACUGUCAGAGACAUGGUGUCCCACCUCGAGAGGAAAUCAGUACAUCUGAUCCCUUUAGCCUUCAUCUCAAUGGAGAAAUCACCUUUUAUGAUUUGGAGGGCUCUAAGAAGAAGAAACAGGCGCAGCAACAGGCAGCCAAAGCAGCCCUGCAGGGGCUGAGUGGGGUCCUGGAGGAAAAGAAAGUUUUGGGUGAAAAUUAUGUCGGAGCCCUAAAGGAACUUGUGGACACCUGGAAGCUGGGGAGAGAGCAUUAUGACUGCAGCGACACACUGGCGACUUCAGCGGAAAAAGUAAGAUGGGUGGCGAACCAGGAGAGAGGCGAAGAAACACAAGUCGGGCAGAGGAUCAAACAUCAGAGCGGGGAAGAAAGAAAAGAUGGCCCCUGUUUCUUUUACAGUGUCACUGUGGCCCUUGACACCAAGGUGUCUUCUGACCGCGGAUGUGACACGAUGAAGGCUGCAGAGUCUGUCUAUAAGAAAAUAGCCUCUGUAUUUGGACUGGACGGCUCAGCGUCAGGUUCUUCCUAUAAGGAGCAGGUUCUGCAGUACUGUCAGAGACAUGGUGUCCCACCUCCAGAGGAAAUCAAUACAUGUGGUCUCUUCAGCCUUCAUCUCAAGGGAGAAAUCACCUUUUAUGAUUUGGAGGGCUCUAAGAAGAAGAAGCAGGCGCAGCAACAGGCAGCCACAGCAGCCCUGCAGGGGCUGGGCGGGGUCCUGGAGGAAAAGAGAGUUUUGGGUGAAAAUUAUGUCGGAGCCCUGAAGGAACUUGUGGACGCCUGGAAGCUGGGGAGAGAGCGUUAUGACUGCAGCGACACACCGGAGAGUUCAGGGGAAAGAGCAAGAUGGGUGGCGAACCAGGACAGAGGCGAAGAAACACAAAUCAGGCAGAGGAUCAAACAUCAGAGCGGGGAAGAAAGAAAAGAUGAUGAUGGGCAGUUCCUAGGGUGUGUGACGGUGACUGUAAAGAAACAGCUCAAAACUCAUGAGGCCUCCAGCCAGAAGGAGGCGCUACAAGUUGCCUACUGUAGUUUACUAAAGGACUUGUCCCUUGGUCCUACAGCUACAACAGCUGAAGAGAAGCAGUUAGUUCUUGAGUUUUUCACACGGACAACAUGUCAAGCCCCUGAGGAAGAAGAGAGAAUUACAACUAAUGGCGAACACCAAUGCACUCUAAAAAUUGAUGGAAAAUUCACCUUCUACAGUCCAGUGGGGGCACUGAGGAAGCAGACAGCAGAACAGCUGGCAGCCAAGGAGGCCCUGAAGCAUCUGGAAGGGCUCCUGGGAGGAAUGAGCACCAAGCUUCCAGAGGAAAACUACAAAGGACGGCUUCAGGAGCUGGUAGCCCUACACAAGUUUGGUGAUCUGCCACAGUACACGACCACAGACAGAUCUGCCCCCGCGGCGGGACACUAAUGGAAGGGGAAGAAGUGUAAGGAGGAUGGUGGAGGAAGUUCAGAGGAAGACCCAAAACCUCUGUCACUGACCUAUGAGAUGUUUGCUCAGUGGCAUUUGUACUCCCCACGGUCUGAUGUAGUUUUAUUGUUAUAGCAGUAGUAGUAGUAGUAGUAGUAGUAGUAGUAGUAGUGGUAGUAGUAGUAGUUGUUGUAUUUUGAUUUCAUCAAAAUUCAUCCAUUGAUCAUUCAUUUAAACUAGCAACAUUUUUACCUGUGGUGAUUGUUAUUCAAGAAUAUGUCAUAAAACAGUGAUACAAAUGCACGUGUUGAAUUAAAAAAUUAUGUGUAUGUUUAAGAAAGGAUGGUAUGAAAUUGAAAUCUCAAACAUACUUUACGCCAAAAAUAUUUUGUGUGACGGCUCCGCGGUGGUGUAGCGGUCUAAGCAUCGGCUUUGUGUCGAUGCAGUUGCCCACUGGGGAUCGGGGUUCGCGCCCCGGUCUCGUCAGAUCCAACUAUGGCUGGACUUGAUGAAGCAGCAGUCAUUGGCAGCGCUGUAAUGCGUCUCUGUGUGUGUUGGAAAAAGCAGUGGUUCGGCCUGGAAUAAAAGAAGUCAAAUUCAGGACUGUGGCCUUGUUUACAAGGAGGAUAAGAUUUGGAGGCUUUGGGCGGUUGAAAUGAUAUUUGCAAAAACAAAAUAUUUGGUAACACUUUAGUAUGGGGAAUGUAGUCACCAUUAAUUAGGUGCUUAUUAGCAUGCAAAUUAGCAACAUAUUGGCUCUUAAUUGGUCAUUAUUACGUACUCAUUAAUGCCUUAUUCUGCAUGGCCUUAUUAUACAACCAGUAAGCCAUUAACUAUGAGUUUUCCCUCUAUAACCUCAGAAUUAUUGCUUAUUAGUAGUACCAUCUCAAUAUGUUUUGCUUAGUAUGGACUUUAUAAGGUGGUAGUACCACAAGAAGAGUUAUUCUCCCUUACUAACACUUAAUGAAUAUGGUCUGUUCUUACAUAACAAAACACAAAACUACAAGUGUUAAUAGUGUUAAAUUACUGUAAAUUAAGUUUUUGUUACUUAGAAUAUGUUCCCCAUACUAAAGUGACAUCUUGAUCAUUACUAAUUCACUAGUAAUUAAGUUUUUUUUAUGUUCCCCAUACUAAAGUGUUACCAAAUAUUUAAAUUAUAUAUAUAUACACACAUUGCACUGAUUUGGGGCGGCAUGGUGGUGCAGUGGUUAGUGCAGUCACCUCACAGCAAGAAGGUCUUGGGGUUCGAACCCUGGAGUUGUUCAACCUGGGGGGGGGGGUCAUCCCAGGUCGUCCUCUGUGUGGCGUUUGCAUGGUCUCCCCAUGUCUGCGUGGGUUUCCUCCGGGUGCUCCGGUUUCCUCCCACAGUCCAAAGACCUGUAGGUCAGGUAAAUCGGCUGUACUAAAUUGUCCCUAGGUGUGAAUGUGUGUGUGUGUGUGUGUGUGUGUGUGUGUGUGGGUGCUGUGAUGGCCUGGCAGCCUGUCCAGGGUGUCUCCCCACCUGCCGCCCCAUGACUGCUGGGAUAGGCUCCAGUAUCCCCAUGACCCUAAGUUGGAUAAGUGGUUUGGAUAAUGGGUGGAUGGAUGGAUUUGGAUCUGUGAGGGAUCUUUCUUUUGGAAGAUCUCAUAUCUCCUUGUGAUCUGUGCAGAGCCUGGGAAAUGUAAAGCUUUAUGUAUUGUGUAGUUGUUGUACACUAUAAACAGUAAGGCUGAAAAAGUUUGUGUCUGCUACCAAGAGCUGUCUUUCUUCAUCAUUCACUCAAAACUAUCCAACAUUAUUAUCUAUGUGGUGUUUGUUAUUAUGUCAUGAAACACUGAUUAAACAUGUGUCAAAUCAAAGAAUAUGUGUUUGUUU